GCCCAUUCAUUAGCGCCGCGUUGGCCGCUAUAAAGACCUAGGGUUUUGGUACGCCACCCGCCGCCGCCGCCAUCCCCAAUUCGUCGUCGUCGCCUCCAAACCCUAACCGAGAGGAGCAAGGAAUGGGGAAGGGUACCGGCAGCUUCGGCAAGCGCCGGAACAAGACGCACACGCUGUGCGUGCGGUGCGGCCGCCGCAGCUUCCACCUCCAGAAGAGCACCUGCUCCUCCUGCGGUUACCCCGCAGCCCGCAUCCGCAAGUAUAACUGGAGUGUGAAGGCUAUCAGGCGCAAGACCACUGGAACCGGAAGGAUGAGGUACCUGCGACAUGUGCCUCGCAGGUUCAAGAGCAACUUCAGAGAAGGGACUGAGGCUACCCCAAAGAAGAGUGCUGCUACUGCCAACUAAGUCUGGAUGUUGCCAUCAAGAACCUUAGACGCUAGAAUUUGGAAACUUUUUUCCUUGGAUUGUACUGUCUGAACUAUUAGUCAUAAUACUAUGAAGUACUGAUGGUACUAUAUCACGCAACUUCGAAUUUAAGUCAGAUGAACAUCAGAAUUUCCUCGCGC